GGAAAGUGUUCACACUUAGUGUGGGACUGGAAUCGAUCGGUGGUCGAACUCUGCAGUGGAACGUUUUGCAGAGUGGCUGCGGGUUUUGGAUCUACUGGACGAUACGGACCGAUCAGCUCUUCUGACAAAAUAUGGCCAAAGAGGACAUCGACAAUGAGAUGGCCGACCAAAGGGUGGCGCCAGAGGCCCAGUCUGCCGACAACCUGUUCGAAGGAGACGAGAACCCUGAGCGAGGCAACUGGACCGGCAAGCUCGACUUCCUCCUCUCCUGUCUCGGAUAUGCCGUCGGCCUCGGAAACGUGUGGCGAUUUCCGUACCUGUGCUACAAAAACGGCGGAGGCGCCUUCCUGAUUCCCUACGUGAUCAUGCUGUUCGGCCUGGGCAUCCCGCUGUUCCUCCUGGAGCUAACCGUUGGACAGUACAGCGCCCUGGCGCCCAUCAGUCUCUUCAAAAACUACGCUCCGGCGCUCAGAGGUCUUGGCGUCGCGAUGUUCCUCGCCUCGGUGGCCGUCGGCCUUUACUACAACAUGAUCAUCGCGUGGACGGUGUACUACACGUACUCCAGCAUGACGUCCGACCUGCCCUGGCAGUACUGCAACCACGACUACAACACGCCCAACUGUUUCAACUACAACGAGUACCAGCAGUGUAACAUGACUUACAACGAGUCGACGUGGUGGAUCUACAACCACGGCCACUGCAUCACCAACCGCACAGAGGCCGACAUCCUAGGCGUCAACAGCACCGUGCCCAAGGAGGACAGAGUCUCCCCCGCUGAGGAGUACUUCAACCUGCACGUUCUGGGCCUGAGUGACGGCAUCGGCGACCUCGGAGGCGUCCAGACCGGCCUGGUGGUCUCCCUGCUCAUCGCCUGGGUGGUGGUCGGCGCCGCGCUUAUCAAGGGCGUCAAGUCCUCCGGAAAGGUGGUCUACUUCACUGCGCUAUUCCCGUACCUGGUUCUCAUCAUCCUGCUGAUCCGCGGCGUAACGCUGCCCGGCGCCUCCGAGGGCAUCAAGUUCUACAUGGUGCCGGAUCUCAACAGACUCAGCGACAUCGAUGUCUGGGUGCAGGCUGCCGUUCAGAUCUUCUACUCGCUCAGUAUUGCCAGCGGAGGACUGAUCACUCUUGCCAGCUACAACAAGUUUCAUAACAAUGUCAUCAGGGACACGUUCAUUGUGUGUUUCGGCAACUGCUUUACGUCCGUGUUUGCUGGAUUCGCCAUCUUCUCCGUCCUGGGAUUCAUGGCAUCGGAGCUCGGAGUGCCCGUCUCUGAAGUCGUCAAGAGUGGAUCAGGUCUGGCGUUCGUGGCCUACCCAGAGCUGGUGACUCGUCUCCCCGUCUCCACUCUCUGGGCGCUGCUCUUCUUCCUGAUGCUCUUCACCCUCGGACUCGACUCCCAGUUCGCCAUCGUGGAGAACAUCAUCACCUGCAUUCUGGACGAGUUCCCGAAGCUGCGCCAGUGGAAGUCCUGGGUGGUUGUAGGGAUCUGCUCGACACUGUUCUUGCUCGGAAUCCCGCUCACAACUCAGGGUGGGCGCUACAUAGUCGAUCUGUUGGAUAACUACGCCGCCGGCUGGCCUUACCUCUUCAUCGGUUUGGUGGAGCUUCUGGCCAUGUACUGGAUGUACGGCAUCAGAAACUACUACCGCGACCUCACCAACAUCAUGGGCUUCAGCCCCGGCUUCCGGCUGAAGGCGCACAUCACGGCCAUCUACGGCACCGUGUCUCCUCUCCUGGUCGGGUCGAUACUUCUGCUGAGCUGGAUCAACUACGAGCCGUACAAGGUGGAUGACUACACGUACCCCGGCUGGGCGAACGGCAUCGGCUGGGCCAUCGCCAUGGUCAUCAUCGCCACGGUGCCAGUCGGCUUCAUCUACAACAUCGUCUGGGAGGAGGAUGGCGGCAUCAAGGAGCGCCUGCUGAACUGCAUUCGGCCCACGGACGGCUGGUUCGAACACUCGCGAAACAUCGCCAGCCGGGAGAAGACGGCCGCUGCCGAGGCUGGCAUCGACAACACCAGCAGCCUCGAGGUCACCACUCACAUGUAGACAACGUGGAGUCAGACGUCAACUUUGGGAUUAUCAAGGACCCAUGCUUGGACAACCUGCCGGCUGCUGGGAGUUCAGCUACAGCUUCUGAAGUAUUUUUUGUUCUUGCUUCUCAGCGACACGAUGAUCUCUAUGCGAUUCGGUGAACAAGCGGUACUUGUUCAUGAUUCCGCUUGUUUUCCAUGACUGUAAUGUCUGCGAGUUAGAGCUUAAAGCCAAAGUGUGUUAUGUUUGUGUCUAAAGGUACUUAUUUAUCGUAAU